AACCUCCAAAAUGCCUGCAGACUACAAUGGAACGUGGGAUAUGGUCAGCAAUGACAAUUUUGAUGGUUACAUGGUUGCACUUGACAUUAACUUUGCAACACGCAAAAUCGCCUCUAUGAUGAAGCCUCAGAAGGUGAUCAAACAAGCUGGAGAUUCUUUCACCUUCCAAACCAUCUCCACCGUGUUAAAGUACGAGAGCUCCUUCAAAAUUGGAGAGGAGUUUGAAGAGGUGACGAAGGGCAUGGACAACCGCAAGUGUCGGUCUGUGGUUAACUGGGACAAUGAUAAGCUGGUGUGUGUCCAGAAAGGAGAGAAGAAAGGCAGAGGUUGGACUCACUGGAUUCAGGGAGACGAGCUUCAUCUGGAGCUGACCUGUGAAGGUCAAGUGUGCAAGCAAGUCUUUAAAAGGAUGUGACUCUGACUGUAAAGAUAAUGGCAUACCUUUGUACAUGUUUUCAUCAUGAGAUGCAUGCAAAAUAAAAAAUAAAAAAGUAGACUAGUGAAUGUGAUUCAUUUCAACACUGAAUGCAAGCGCUUUGCAUUCGG